AUGUCGCAGGAUUUGGCCCAGAUAGCUGGAGCAAAGAGGAAGGGCAAAGAUCCCGGCGCCAUGUUGGCCCAGUCCUUACCGGGCACUCCCCUGGCCGCGGCAGCCGCUGCCCCUGUGCUGCGGCCCUGCAAAUCGCUGCCUGAGGGGCCACCCGUCGAGCCGAGGGCGCCCCAGGGGCCCCAGGGGCAGCGGAUGCCAGCAGACCAAUUGCUGCAGCAUUUGGACCGCGGUCGCAGCCUGGAGUUCCACGGCGGUCACCACGCGGUAGCGACGCAUGCCCCGACCCCGCAGCGGCAGUUCGCAGCGCAGCCGCAGCAGUUGCCACAUGUAGCGACGCCACAUGUGCAACAGAUGCACCAUCCACAGCAGAUGCAACAGCCUCAGCAUCAGCAACAUUUUCAGCAUCAGAACCAGCACCCUCAACAUCCACAGCAUGUUCAACAUGCACAGCAACCUCAACAUCCACAGCACCCUCAACAUCCACAGCACCCUCAACAUCCACAGCACCCUCAACAUCCACAGCACCCUCAACAUCCACAGCACCCUCAACAUCCACAGCACCCUCAACCUGCACAGCACCCUCAACAAGCACAGUAUCCACAACAUCCGCAAAAUCUGCAUCAACCGCAUCCGCAGCACUUGCAACAGCAGCAGCACAUGUCACAGCAGCAACAUUUCCAGCAGCAUCCACAUCAGAUGCAACAGCAGCAUCCACAGCAUCCAUCACAAUCUCCAGCGCCACCGUCUUCGCAGGCAGCCUACCCAGGGCCCGCUGGUAGUCCAGCGCCACAGCUGCCACUGGAGAAACGAAGACAUGAGCCGCAUCCGGAGUUGGAUCAUCAUGACAAGGAUUUGCUGCAGAAGCUGCAUGAGCAGCACCUGAGCCGUAAGAAUAGCAUCAGGAGCCUCUCCUCCCCACGUCACGUGGGCGACCGGGGCAGCCUCUCUCCUGCCAGCGCCUCCUAUGCCACUGCCGCGGCGCAGACGCAGCCGGGGCGGCCAGCGUCGACGACGCUGGCGAAAGAAGUGGACCAGGCGGUGCGGAGGGGGAAGACGGAGCCCUUGCAGCACGAGGACUGGCCGGAGCUGACGGGUCCCGAUGGAAACGAUGCACUGGAACGGGAGAUGGCGGCACGAGAAGUGGAGCUAAGAGUGCUGCGCAAGGCGGCGAUGAUCGGCGGGUUUGCUGCUGAUGAUUCGUCCGAAGAUUUUUUCGGCCAGGAGUUGGAGUCGCGAAAAGAGGAGAUUUUCCACUUCGAGAAUCAAAUCCAGGACGGCGACUUGGCCAAGGAUGCGGAGAGCCAACUGAACGCCAAGAGUCAGGAGGUUGGCACGUUGAGCGCAAAGGCGGAAGCCAAGACGGGGAAACAACAGGCAGUGCUACAGGCGGAGGCCAAGCACAUUGACCUGCAGGUGGCCUCGUUGAAGAAACGCCUUGUGGCCGUGCAGACGGACCUGGUCGAAAAGGACGAGGAGCUGAAGACGCUCAGCGAGGCCUGCCAGCACGGGGCCACGGCGGUGAAGGCGAAGGAGCGGGAACACAAGGCCUUGUUGGAACAGCACAAGGAGCAUAAAGAUGAGGUCAGCAAGUUACAGGAAAACAGCCACCUGUUACAUCGGCACAUGUCCAUUGAUCACUGGCGCCACCAGGUGCAGGCCCAGAUCGAACAGGAACAGCAGGAUGCCGCCAUGCUCCGGCAACGCCGCGAGAUGCAGCGACAAAUCGAGGUGUUUCAUGAAGAAAUGGGCACGCUGCAGACCUACCUCCUUCGCAUGGAGGAGAAGUGCAAGUAUCACGAAGAUGAAAUCGCACGUCGCAAGGAGCACCUUAAGGCUGAAGAAAUACAGGGCUGGGGCUGGGCCCUGGUCAUGGAGGAGCGUUUGUGCGUGGCGGCGGCGCGCAUGGGCGAGCACACUGCGGAAGAGAUGAAGAAGGGACAUAUGGAAGAGCAACGGUCUUUGCAGGCAAAGCUUAAGGACCAGAUCGGCAAGCAAAGUUCCUUAGCCGAUGAGGCCGCCAGCUACCAAUAUUUCGAGGAGGAUGCCAAGAGGUCCCAGGAACAGUUGCGGGCGCUGACAGCCUGUGUGAAGGAAGCAGCCAAGGUGAUGCGGGAACACGGCCCAGUGCACCUGAGUGAUGUGGACCAUGCCAUCAGCCAAUUCACCAUGGAGCUGCGCCGCCAUGGUGAGAUGAUUCCACCCAUCACUCGGCUCAGCCAUAGCAGCCACCUGGUGGCGAAUCAGCUCACUGUCUUCUGUGAGCUUUCAUCUUCUGGCCAGCUCUGCGUCAGGAGCAAAUCUGGUCUCGUACCGAUGUUGGACUUUCUGAAGCAGCACGGCUACGUCCAGAAAGCCGCCACCAAACCCGUCCCUUCCAAGGGAACCUCCCCAGCUGCGGGCGCUCCGAAGUCGGCGCCGCUUUCGGCGGCGCAGCCGAAGCCCAAGCUGCGGCAUCAGAAGUCGGCGCAGCAUGCGGCGGCGGAAGCGCAUGAGUUACAGCAGUGGACCAACUUCUUUGAGACCAACGCAGGUUCUUCAAAGAAGCCGCCCCGGCUUAGAGGAGUUGAAGACGUGGAACUGACCGUGGGACCCGCGCGGGAAGCGAUACGCAGGUCAGCCAUGGGCGGUAGCACGUCCAAGAUCAAAACGGGCUCCGCGCACCGGGACCGCAUCGUGCUCUUUGGCGACUCGCUGACGCAGCAGUCCUUCGCCCCUCAGGGCUGGGGUGCUGCCAUCGCGGAUGCGUACCAGCGCCGUGCCGAUGUGCUGAACCGCGGAUAUAGCGGUUAUACCAGCCGCUGGUGCCUAGAGAUGUUGAGACAUGGAGGAGGUAUCAUGGCAGAUGCUGGUCCCGAUGACACCACCCGACUGGUGACCAUUUUCCUGGGGGCCAAUGAUGCGUCCUUAGAGGAUCAGAACCCGGCUCAACAUGUGCCCCUCGAGGAGUAUAAAUCCAACCUGCGGGAGAUCGUGGUCAUCACUCGAGAACGAGCCCCGCACGCCAAGAUUUUACUCAUCGCUCCACCACCUGUUUGCCAUGCGCAGCGCUUGCAGUUCCAGAAGGAGCGCUUCGGGGAGCAAGCAACAGGAAGAUUGGAGCGAACCAAUGAGAAUGCUGGGCUGUAUGCUGAUGUCGUGGAACACGUGGCCGCUGACACGGCCCUGCCCUGUUUGAACCUUUGGAAGGUCUUACAGGAGGAAAGCAACUGGCCUGAACUCCUGUCUGAUGGCCUGCACUUUUCCCCGGCAGGCAACACUCUGGUGGGAACGAAGAUCUUGCAGAAGAUCUCGGAGGUCUUUCCCGAGCUUGCGGUGGUUCCCUGCAAGUACACGGGCUCCUAUGGAGCCACGGCAAGCGAUGGAAAUGUUGGAUACGCUCUGAAAAAUGGGGAAUUCAUGGGGAUUGUAACUGUAGACACUGUAGUGUCUUAA